AUGUUGCCACCAGCUUUGGUCAGCGUGUACCGCAAGUACAAGAAGCAUACCAAUUCAAUUGCAUCUUGGCUUGCCUCAACCGCUAAAGAAUGCGGAUAUCCCGCCGACCUGCUGUCGAAUCCACCUGCUCCAAAGCAACCAGCCCCUCGACUGAAAGGCAAAGCCAGAGCAGAAGCUAAGAAGAAGGCGAAAGUUGCCCCUCAGGAAAGCACACCACAGAAUGAAGGACCUCGAUACAUCAUUGAGAUCAAGGACUUCGUUCCCCUGGCCGAAUGCAUCUCGGCUUAUAAAAAGCCGGCUCUGUCUGUCCCCGCGAAGAAGGUCCGCGAAGUCCUCAAGCCACAUUCAGAUCCAGUUGGUUCUGGUUCCUCAAAAGAGGCUGAGACCUUGACAAACAAGUUCAAGGAAGUGGAAGUCUACCACCCAUCAGAAAAGUUUCUUAACGCAAAAGACAUUGAAAGACCUGGACCAGCGAAUAAUGACGACGUUAUUUACGAGGCCGAUGCAGGGGACUCAGUCGAUGAGGCUUUUUUUGCAUAUAAACUGCUGUGCGAGGACUUAAACGACAUUAGAACAUUUAUCACCUAUACUUGGGAAAUGCAUAUUGAAGCAGAGGAAGGUGGAGAUAGCAUUGACCCAGGCAUGAUGGCAGUUGUUACCAAUACAGCCAUCGAGUUUGGUUCGACCCUUGCAGAGGACGUAAAGCCCUUGUUAGAAAAGCAUGGUGGGAUUAAGGCUAUGGCUGAUGACCUCAUGAGUGGCUUCCUGAUCGAUCAGGAGGUAGACAUGAACAAAUUCCGGGAGCAGGUCGCAAAAGGAUCUGUCAAUGAGAAGGUAUAUGCCGUCAUGUCGCACUGCUGCUACCACACACGCCUUUCGAUCGAGACCCUCGCACAAGUUCCGUGGAAGGGUUCCGCCGGAAUAUAUCCAGACGGGACCUUUAGUGUUCUUGAUCCUGACACCGGUGGGGAAGAUAAAAGUAUGAGUCAGAGGUUGACGGAGGAGCAGGUGAUUCUUGCCGAGCUCUGGACGGAAGCCAUGGCACUUGUCUAUCAGGUGCCAGACUACCCGUUCUCUGACGAAUUCAUUGGAGGCGUCAAGGAGUUCGAGGAGACAAAACAAGUCCCGUUCAGCGUCAUAUUCGCAGGUCAAGUAAUUCUCGAUGUUACAAAGUCAUCGGCAGUUACGCAGAGUCUUCAGUCGACACUCUUCUCAAGCGAAUCACGAACAUGA